AUGUCGCUAAAAAGGACAAACAGAUUGUCGUUGGACAGUCGGAUGCCUUCACAUCGGCCGAGCACAUCGAGAUGGAGGUAAGUCAAAGUCUAGAAGUCAAAAUUUUUGAUUUUUUUUUUAAAAAUCUCUUUUUUUCAAAAAAAAAACACCUUUCAAUAUGGACAAAAGCUGGCCAAAAUUUAGAUCUCAGUUUUUCAAAGGCUUUUUAAACCCAUUUUUUUAGAAAUUUCGGAAAUUUUUAGGUCAAAAAGUUCAGAAAACCAAAAAAAACUUCGACUUUUACGUCGAAAAAUAAGAAUUUUAUUUCACGUUGAGAGUGGAGAAAAUAUUUCCACAAAAAUCAAUCUUUUCGGACUAAAAUUUUAAUAAAAAACUCAAGAGUUUCCGCGCACAGUGCGAAACGUCAGCAAAAUUUCGCACAGUGCAAAAUUUUUUUGCCCCCACUGUGCAAUUUGAGACUAAAUUUGCACUGUGCACGAAAUUUUUUUUGCGCCGCAACCGUGUUGUUAUUGCACUGUGAAACUUCCAAAAAAUUGCACGGUGCCAAAAAAUGUUUUUCUUUAUUUUUUUAAACUUUUGCACGUUGUAAAAUUUUUCCUAUCGCAUUAUAAAAUUUACAAAAAAAUUUGCACAGUGCAAUCUUUUUUAGACCGCACCGUGCAAUUUGAGCCUAAAUUUGCACUGUGCGCUAAACAUUUUUCAUUGCACCGUGCAAUCGAGUUUCAAAAAAAAAAUUUUUUGCACUGUGCAAAUCAAAUUUUUUUGGUACUUUUGCACUGUGCGAUUUACACAAAAAAAAAUUUUUACUACAUAAAAUUUUACAAGGUGCAAAAGUUUCAAAAAAUAAAGAAAAACAUUUUUUGGCACCGUGCAAUUUUUUGGAAGUUUCACAGUGCAAUAACAACACGGUUGCGACGCAAAAAAAAUUUCGUGCACAGUGCAAAUAUAGGGUCAAAUUGCACAGUGCGGGCAAAAAAAUUUUGCACUGUGCGAAAUUUUGCUGACCUUUCGCACUGUGCGCGGAAACUCUUGAGUUUUUUAUAAAAAUUUUAGUCCGAAAAGAUCGAUUUUUGUGGAAAUAUUUUCUCCACUCUCAACAUCAAAUAAAAUUCUUAUUUUUCGAAAAAUUUUUGUUGCACUGUGCAAAACAAAUUUUUUUGGAAAUUUUGCACAGUGCGAAGAAACUUUUUCUCAAAUUUUUUUCAAUUUUUUUAUUUUUUUAAUCUUUUAUCACUUUCAGUUCCCACGAGCCCCAAUUAUCUCCGGAACAGCGUCAAACUCUCCGCCGCUUCUCCCGCAACGUAAUCGAGGCCGGGAUCACCCAACUUUGCAAGGAAUUCGCCCAAAUCCAGCAUCUGGACACGGCUCCCGACUGUUCCAAUGCCGUCCCCAGCAACCUGAAUCGCUGCCGCUACAGAGAUGUGGUCUGUUGGGACCACACUCGAGUGCGGUUGAACAACUUGAACAAUGAUUUUAUUCAUGCAAACUUGGUGAAGCAUUCCACACUGCCCAAUGAAUUUAUUUGCUGCCAAGGCCCGUUGGAUUCGACGGCCGCCGAUUUCUGGGAGAUGGUGUGGCAAGAGAGGACCAAAUUGAUCAUCAUGUUGUGCCAGACGGUGGAGGAGAAGAGGAAUAAAUGCGCACAGGUAAGGAUUUUUUGUUUUUUUUGUGGGAAAAAUUAUGGGAAUUUUGGUCAAAAAAAAUUUUUUUUGUAAAAUACGGUAUUUCGAUGUCGACAUUUUUUUGUGACACACUUGAGAUCAGCUGAAAUUACAUUAUUAAUAGUUUAUCAGCCAGUAAAUUCCUCAAAUAAACAAUAAUUUUGAAAAAACUUGAUUUUUUGGUCAAAAGUAAAAUCGAUUUUUCAAUACCAAAUUGAAGUGACAUCUAGAAGGAACUUAUAUUAUUUGGAAGACUAAAGACUGUAGCUACUAUGCUGUGAAUAUCAAAUUCUCAGCGAUUAAAAUUUCGGAGUUAUGACCAGUCAAAGUUAGGGUACUUUUUAACAAAAAAACUCAAACUUUUGAAUAAAAAUGUGUUCAAAUCAGGAUUAUUAGGUAAAAUACGCCUGCCUCAGUGCAUUUGUUUCACCCUACAAUACCUGUAUUUUCAGUAUUGGCCCAAAUAUCCCGGUGAAUCCCGGCAAUAUGGCCCAUUUUUGGUCCGGAAUGAGAUGGUCGACCAGACCGAGCCGGGUCUCAAACGAACCCAUCUGAUUAUCCGCUACAAUAACGAUGAACACAGUGUGCAACAUUGCCAAUGGUCGGCGUGGAAGGACCGCAAAGCUCCGAAGGGCUGUACAAUGGCGUUCCGAUUGCUGGCGAUGGCCAGGAAACGCGCGGAUUGGCCAACAAUUGUGCACUGUUCGGCGGGCGUUGGCCGGACUGGAACGCUGGUGCUGCUGGCGAUGCUUAGAGGGUAAGGGUUGGUUAUUUUUGGGUAAAAUAUGGGUAGAAAUUUAAUUUUUAGAAAAAAAAAAUUUUCUGCACGGUGCAAAAAUUUUUUUGUCUGCACUGUGCAAAGCCAAAAAAUAAACUUUUGUAAAAUACGCGCUAUAAACCGACAAGCUUUUUUAAGUAUUAGUAAUGUUGAGACCAUUUUUUUAUAAUACCAAAGUUUAAAAAAAAAUUUGCAUAAAUUUGCAUAAAAACUAAUUUUUUAAAAAAUUUUAAAAAACCAAUUAAAAAUAGACUUUUUUAUUUCGUCAAAGUAAAAAUAUCACUCAAAAAUUAUUGCAUGAUGUUUUUUAAAAAAGCAAAAAAUUUUUGAAAAAAUAUUUUUUUUUCAUUUUCCCAAUUUUAGCGCCAUUUUAUCCCCAACAAUGGAGAAUGUCAGCACGCUAAAGUUGCUUCGUGACCUCCGAACGCAACGCGGGCAAUGUAUUCAGACUGAAGACCAGUAUUUAUACGUCCAUUUGGCCAUGUUACAGUAUGCCGUCAAGUCGAGAGCGGUGACAAUUGAGGAGGUGGCAGGUGAGAGAUAUAAAAUUUAAAGGAUUUUUGUAAAAUACGCGAAUUCGUCCUAGGCAAAAAAAAUAAUUAUUUUUUUUCCAAAAAAAAAGUUUUUUUUCCAAAAAAAUCAAAAAUUUCAUCAAAUUUCCCUCAAAAAAUCCCAUUUCUCCCUCAAAAUUCCCUUUCUAAUUCCCUCUCCUCCUUCAGGCUUCGUGCACGACUACGAGAACUACCUGUAUCACGGCGAGAAGCCGCGGCGAGCGAUGAUUUCGCCGGUGAUUCUGAUGUCGCCCACCGAGAACCGGAAGACGGACUCGGAGUUGGAUGAGCGGAAUAAGGUACGGGCCGGCUUCAGAGUCUGAAAUUUCGUUCAGAGUUUCCGCGUCAGCUUCCACACCGUCCCCAUGCAUCGGCUCAUGGCCAACUUGUCGCCCUUUCGGUCGCGAUGA